CAACUUUUUAUCCGCUCGCAAUUUUAUUUGAGCUGUACACAACUACCACACCUAUAUUUAUAUGGUAUCUUUAUCUGUAUUUUCCACAAUUUUUGUUUAUUUUCUCCUCUAUUUCCCACUUCUAUUUUUCCAAAUCAGGAAAUUAUAUGCAACUACAACACAAUCAAACCCUAAUUUUAGGUAUCUGUAUAGAAAUUAUAAUUUCGGAGUUGAAAAUUCAAGAUUUGAUAUUUUAAAGAAAGUAUAUGGGUAACGUGGGAAGUAGUUCAAACGGCCGGAGAAGACAAGGGAGUCGCCGGAACCAACAUCCUCCGGCGCCCCAGCCUGAACUUCCGGCGAAUCAAUAUGUAUUCGCAGCUGCAACUCCAUACCCAUCUCAAUACCCGAAUUCGAACCCGAACCCGAACGCCUUGCCCCACCCGUAUUAUCAGUACCCAAGUUACUAUCCUCAACCCCCUUUGCCAGCUCCUUUUGAUCAUCACCAUCGUCCACCUCAUGUGGACCCCACACAUGGUAAUUGGGUUGGUGGGCCUUACCCAUAUGGCCCUUUGGUCCCUCCAGUGGCCCCAUAUGUGGAGCAUCAGAAAGCUGUUACUAUAAGAAAUGAUGUGAAUUUGAAGAAGGAGACUUUGAAGGUUGUGCCUGAUGAAGAGAACCCUGGGAGGUUUCUUGUUACUUUUACAUUUGAUGCAACUGUUGCUGGAAGUGUUACAGUUAUUUUCUUUGCCAAAGAGGGUGACGAUUGUAAUCUUACACCAAUGAAAGAAAGCACAUAUGCACCAGUGACAGUACAUUUCCAACAAGGAUUAGGCCAAAAGUUCAGACAACCCAUUGGAGCUGGGAUAGACUUUUCAAAAUGUGAAGAGUCAGAGUUACUUAAAGAGGGGGACAUGGAUGUGUAUCCCCUAGUAGUUAAGGCAGAAGCGUUGCCAAGCAACCAGAAGGGAUCAGCAGAUGGAAGCCCGGAGUAUGGAGCCAGUAAUUCACAGAUCACCCAAGCUGUGUUUGAGAAGGAAAAGGGUGAAUACCGAGUGAGAGUAAUCAAGCAGAUCUUAUGGGUGAGUGGGAUGAGGUAUGAGCUACAGGAGAUAUAUGGCAUUGGCAAUUCUGCUGAUGGUGAUUUCGAUGUGAAUGAUCCUGGAAAAGAAUGUGUCAUCUGCUUGUCCGAACCUCGUGACACAACUGUUCUUCCUUGCAGACACAUGUGCAUGUGCAGCGAGUGUGCCAGGGUUCUACGGUUUCAAACAAACAGGUGCCCGAUCUGCAGACAACCAGUCGAGAGGCUACUGGAGAUAAAGGUCAAUGACGGAAGUUUGAACUGAGGUCAAACUUUACAUAAUAAAUUUCCUCAGAUUCAAGUGUCUAUACCCCUCUCCUGGUUAUCCUACAUUUCAAUAAUUGACAAGACCUUGUAAGUGUGCGGUUUGGCUUGAUUUCAUGCUCUACACUCCAGUUUAUAACAAAAGACUAUGUAAAAGCAAACAGCUUUUCAUUGAUCUCGCUGACAGUAAAAUUCUUUUCAUGUAUUAUAUACAAAUUUGUUUACCUUAA